GUCACCCAGCAGCUCAGGGGUCUACCAACAGCUCAGCUCAUGGGAGGCUACUCUUUGAAAACUUUGGUGGUGCGUUUUGAAUGCAACAUUUUUUCAAGGAGCUAGAUGAGUCUCUCACCAGGGACAUUCCAGUUUGCACUGUAAAGUCCUUUUUGAAAGAAAGAUCCCUUUUUCUUUAAACAGCUUAUAAAAACUUGAACAGGCUCAUAAGGAAAUCUUGACCAAGUCCUUCCCUAUAAAUACCAGCAUCUUGGCUGGGUCAGCAGCAUGUCACAAACCAAGCGGAAAACCACCAGUCUGUCGCUGACCAUUGGGUCCUCAUCCAAUGAAGAGUUCAGCAGUAGCAGCAAGGCAUGGCACAGCUAUUCCACUUUAAUACAGCCAUUAUCCACUGAUCUUCAAAGAAUGCAGAAUCCAUCAAAAAACCAGCCUGGAUCUGCCCAUGAAGCAGCCCCUAUAUUCAUAAAGGGCAUCCAGAAUAUUACAGCAAGCAAAGGUCAGCUAGUGGUAUUUGAAUGUCGAAUUCGAGCAUCACAUAAAUUUCAGGUUCGCUGGUACAGAGAACAUAAUCAAAUAAUGGAUUCUGCAGACUUCCGAAUAUUAAGAAAAAAGGCCUCCUUAUCAAUGAUGCCUGAGGAAGUUUGCACCUUGGUAAUUACAGAAGCCUUUCCUGAAGAUUCUGGAAUAUUUAAAUGCAUUGCUGAAAAUGAGUUCGGCACAGUGGCAUCCAGCGCACACCUUAUUGUUUCCCAAGAAACAGAAGAGACUGCAAGUUUCAAAGCAGCUCCCUUAUGGUCAGAUAUGCCAGCCACUACACUGUAUACCCACUCUGCACCAGAGAGUCAAUACAUAUUAAUGGGAAGAGAUCUACAGAACAAACCUGAUACAAUGCCAGAAAAGCCCUCUGGCUCAGCAGAGCAAGAAGAGUAUGGAAGUUUCUGGGGGCAGAACAAUGGCCACGAGAACAAGGAUUCAGACAAUUCAUAUGCAUGGGAUUAUCAUCAUCAAGAGAGCCAGAGGCUGUGUUCCACCCAGGAACGUAGCCAACAAAAUUUACCAUCUUACUCUUCCCAGCCACCUACUCAAAACCUAUUGCCAUCUUCUAAAGCACAGGACCAUUGUGAAAGCGUCCCUAUGAGUGUCAGUAACCUCCCAUCUGUGUCCUCUAUGUAUCAACCCAGCAUGUUUAAUUAUGAGCGUCCAAAACACUUUAUCCAGUCUCAGAAUACAUAUCAAGGGAAGCCGCAGCCGCCAGGACCAGACACCUCCACUGCGCUCCCCAGCAGGCCAACUAAGCAGUCUUCCAUCCUAAUCCAGCCUUGUAACCCUAACGAGAAGAAGUUCUCUUCCUCUUCAUCGCUGAGUUCGCCAAUCUCACUCUCCUCACCUUCAUAUAGUGCUUCAUUCCCCGUAACACCCGCCUCCGCGCAGUCUCCUGCUAGCUCAACAUCCGGGCAGAGGAUUUCAUCCAUGCAUAACCAGUCCCCUGCAGCCUUCCUUUGCUCCGUGUUGCCCUCCCACUUUGAAUAUAGUAGCCAAGGUUCACCCUCGGUGGAAUCAAACAGUUAUUCAAAGCCUAUGUAUAAGAAACAAACCAGCAGCCCCAGGCAAGUACAGAAGACCUCUGAUAGAGAGAUCCAAGGAACGAAAGACGCCCUCAUUCAAGACUUGGAAAGGAAACUACGAUGUAAAGAUAACCUUCUCCAUAACGGGAACCAGCGUUUAAGCUACGAGGAGAGAAUGGCUCGCAGGUUACUUGGACCAGCAAAUGCUGCAUCUGUGUUUGAACCUCAAAGUGAAGAAAAUGCACAGGACUCACAACAGCAGAACUUGGAAAGUUCACGCCUGCAAGUUCCAGCAGCCCAAGUAAGGAGCAGGCCAUCUUCAAGAGGGGAAAGGAAUGAGCAAGGCUCAAUCCAAGAAAAGUUUUUCCAACCACGUUUCGUGCAAGUGCCUGAAGAUAUAACAGUUGAAGAAGGACGAUUCUGCAGGAUUGAUUUCAAGGUGAGCGGGCUACCAACUCCAGAUGUGGCUUGGUAUUUAAAUGGAAGACUAGUCCACCCAGACGAAUUUCAUAAAAUGAUUGUUUCCGAAAAAGGCGUCCAUUCAUUCAUUUUUGAAGUCGUCCGAGUCUAUGAUGCAGGAAUGUGGGAAUGUGUGACUUAUAACCGUGCUGGAGAAGCUUCCUUCACAGUAAAAUUAGAUGUCAUUGCCCGAGAACAUCGGAAAGCUCCAAGCUUCAUCUUUAAACCACAAAGCACAAGAGUCUAUGAGGGGGAUUCUGCCAGGAUUGAAUGCCAAGUGUCUGCUCUCCCUCCGCCACAGAUCUACUGGAAAAGAAAUAAUGAAAUGGUGCAAUUCAAUACAGAUCGAAUCAGUAUGUUUCAUGAUACCUCUGGAAAAGUUUGCCUGCUGAUCCACGAUGUAAAUAAAAAAGAUGCUGGUUGGUACACAGUGUCUGCAGUCAAUGAGGCAGGAGUGGCAACUUGUCAUGCCAGGUUGGAUGUGGCUACUCACACAUACAAGCCACGUCCAAAUCCAAAGCCACUGAAGGUUCGACCAACUUUUAGCAAAUACUUAGCACUCAACGGUAAAGGUCUGGAUGUGAAACAAGCUUUCUUGCCCGAUGAAGGAGAGUUUCAGCGUCUGGCAGCACAGUCUGGGCUCUACGAGAGCGAUGAACUGUAAUGAACAUCAAUAAAUUGAAAAUACAUCUCUUGCUCCUGUGACACACUUAAGGGCAGCACAAAGAGGCAAUUAAGUGAUGGUUGCACUUAUUAGCCAACACGCAUAAUAUAUUUUUAUUUAUAACUUAACUCUUUAACUCUUACUCUCAUUUUCUGCUGUUGUGAUGUUACCAAGAUCGAUUUCUAUGAAUGUGUGUGACUAGCAGAAGAAAAUAUCAAAGGUUUAUACUUUUUACUUUUAAAGGUCAAGAAACUAGGCCAGUGGAUGAUAAUAAAAGUGCAGAGGGCUUGAACACAGCUAGAUUCAGUCACUGGGUUUUUAUUUGUACUGCUUUGUUAAUAUUACUCCCUAUGUUAUUGCAGUUUUUGCAGGCUGACUACUAAACAUAAAUGUGUUUUUAAUUAAAGUUUUAUGUCCAGUGCAAAUAAAGUUUUAAAUAUAACACUU